AUGCUUUUUUAUUGUGCAUAAUAAAGCAAAGAAUUAGAGAGUUCAGAUUAUAAAAUUUGUUCAAAUUUAGAAAGAAAACAACUAUUAUAGCAAAUUCAAGCUCUCUUUAGCGAGCUUGAGAUCGUAGAUUACUACAUCAAGGUUAAGAGCUUAAUAACUCUAGAUAUUAUUUUGAAGUACUCUAAACUAGGGAUCUUGAUUCCGUUUGAUAUAAGUGAAGAAAAUUUCUAAAAAAUGCUUGCCAUUGUCUGUGUAUUGACAUCAUGGAACGAGUUUAAUAAUCAAGGAGACUUUAGAUUUUAAGAUGCUUACAAAGUCCUAGGUCUAGAAUUUUCUUAAAAAAAUCAUGAGUAAUUAUUGAUUUCUCAAAACAAAAUGGAAGAUAUUAUAAUCAAAGAGUAUAAUUAGGAUAAUUUGAUUAAGGUAAACUAUGAUUUGAUAAACCAGUAUCAAAUAUAAUUUCAAGCAAACAGUUAAGUUGAUAUGAAUACUUUAUCCUAGUCUCAAGACGAUUCUUAGUUCUUUUUGGAAAGUGAGAUUAAAGAUGAAAUAUUUAAUCAAUUUGUGAAAGGAGUUUUCAUAGCAUUAUCUACGCAAAAUAUAUAGGAAAUAUAGAAUAACUCUAUCACUUAAUCUGAUUUACUACUAAGGGCAAUAAAAUAGGCUACAGUCAAACUUCUAAAGAAGGUUUAAACAUAAAAAAUGAAUGAUGGAAACAUCUUGAUAUUUACCUAAAGUAAAGAAGAGCAAUUUUAUGUUAUAAUCUAAGCGACAUAAUAAGUUUAUGACUACUUCAAGAAAAAACUAAAGAAUUUAUAGAUUGAUUCUUCUCUCUAAAGAAAAUUUGCAAAUUAAUGA